AGGUCACACUACACUAACCAGUAGGAAUAGGAAGGAGUAGAUACCAAGAAAACCCAAAUACUUUAAGAUCAAACCCACUCACUCUCACACAUAACGCAUUACGCAUUAGGGUUUCGUUUCGUUUUUCAUCGCAAAAUCGAUUCACCAUGAAGAAAACUUUUUCUACCAACCACACCCCCCAUUUCCACCGUCAAACCCCUCACUCCGCCUGCCCCGUUUACCGUCACCGGAGACCUGGAUUUUACUCCAACCACCGUUUCGACCGCCCUCCGGAGCGAAAUCCACCUCACCGUCCUCCCAAUUUCAUCCUCAAGCUCCACCUCGGCCGUCGUGCACUCAACCGCGACGAUGUCGACUCUUUGAUCGGUAAAUGUAAACCCAACCCUGAUAAUUAUUGUUUCUACCCCUGCGACGGUGUUGCUGCGUCGCUCAAUUUUCUGCAAUGGACGGAUGCUCGUGAUGCUGUUGUUUGGUUCUGGGAAUCGAGGAUUUCUGGAGGUCAUGAUUUUACGCCGGAGUUGAUUUCGAAUGUUAUGGUUCCUUCUGAUACUGUUGAACUGGAAGGGAGUCUCAGAAGGGUUUUUGCAAGCCAUGUGAAGGAGUUGAUGGAAGGGAAGGAAGUGAAGAAGUGGGUGGAGGAGUGGGAUCGUGUAUCAAAGGAGAUUUCGCGUGUUGUGAGUUUGUUGGGUAAGCCUUUUCCGAUUAGAGUGCAGGAGCAGAAUAUUCAGAUGAAGAAAGGGCUUGAUGAGGAAAAGAGUUUGAUUGAGAGGAGAUUGAAGGAGUUCGAGUUUGCUAUGGAGUGUAUUCUGCAGCAUUUGGAAGAGGAUAGUAAGGUGGACAGUGGUGAUGAUUUUGUUCCCGUGUUUAGGUUUGGUGGAGGUUUUGAUUGGGGGAAGAUUCAUAGCCUCAUCGUUAGAGAACGGCGUAGACUCGAAGAAGGAUUACCCAUUUAUGCUUACCGGAGGGAGAUUCUUCAACAAAUUCAUCAUCAACAGAUAACAGUGUUGAUUGGAGAGACUGGUUCUGGGAAGAGUACUCAGAUAGUACAGUUUCUCGCGGAUUCUGGCAUUGGGGCUGAUGAGACAAUUGUGUGCACUCAGCCUCGCAAAAUUGCUGCCAAGUCAUUGGCUGAAAGGGUUCAGGAAGAAAGUAAAGGGUGUUAUGAAGAAAAUUCGAUCCAGUGUUAUUCGACAUUUUCAUCCUGCCAGAAAUUUGAUGAUUCCAGGAUAGCAUUCAUGACCGAUCACUGUUUAUUGCAGCAGUACAUGAGUGAUAGGAAUUUGUCAGGGGUCUCGUGUAUCAUAGUUGAUGAGGCACAUGAAAGGAGCUUAAAUACUGAUCUACUGUUGGCGUUGAUUAAGAAUUUACUUUGUAAGAGGGUUGAAAUGCGACUUAUCAUCAUGUCUGCUACUGCCGAUGCUAAGCAGCUAUCUGAUUAUUUCUAUGGCUGUGGAAUAUUCCAUGUGCUUGGGAGAAACUUCCCUGUGGAGGUGAGGUACGUUCCUUCUGAAUAUGGAGAACAUUCUGGUUCUGCUGUUUUGGCCCCAUAUGUUUUUGAUGUUGUCAAACUGGCAACCGAGAUUCACAAAACAGAGAAAGAAGGAGCUAUUCUUGCCUUUCUGACCUCACAGGUAGAAGUAGAAUGGGCCUGCGAAAACUUUAAAGCCCUAUCUGCCGUCGCUCUGCCCUUGCAUGGGAAACUUUCGUCCGAAGAGCAAUUUCAUGUUUUCCAGAAAUACCCUGGAAAAAGAAAAGUGAUAUUUUCGACGAAUCUUGCAGAGACAUCAAUUACAAUUCCUGGUGUUAAGUAUGUGAUUGAUUCUGGGUUGGUUAAAGAUUGCCGAUUUGAUCCUUGCACUGGGAUGAAUGUACUUAAGGUUUGCUGGAUCAGCCAGAGCUCUGCUAAUCAAAGGGCUGGUCGUGCUGGGAGGACCGAGCCUGGCAGAUGCUAUAGGAUGUACUCAGAAGCUGAUUAUAGGUCUAUGGAACUAAAUCAAGAACCUGAGAUUCGAAGAGUUCAUCUUGGUGUAGCAGUUUUGAAGAUCCUUGCUCUAGGGGUGAAGAAUGUGCAGGAUUUUGAUUUUGUGGAUGCUCCAAGCCCCAGCUCUAUUGAGAUGGCAAUCAGGAAUCUAAUUCAAUUAGGAUUCAUUAAACUGAACAACAAUGUUCAUGAGCUAACUUAUGAAGGUAGGUACUUGGCAAGAAUGGGGAUUGAACCUAGGCAUGGUAAACUUAUUCUUGGCUGUUUCCGACUAGGUUUGGGUAGAGAAGGCAUUGUCCUUGCUGCCACGAUGCCCAAUGCUAGUAACAUAUUUUGCAGAUUUGGUAAUGAAGGUGACAAACAAAGAUCUGAUUGUCUCAAAGUGCAAUUUUGCCAUCCUGAUGGUGACCUUUUUACUCUUCUCUCGGUAUACAAGGAAUGGGAAGCUCAGCCUCGAGAUAGGAGGAAUAAAUGGUGUUGGGAAAACAGCAUCAAUGCCAAAUGUAUGAGGAGAUGCCAAGACACAGUUUUGGAGUUAGAAUCUUUCCUAGAGCGUGAACAUGGCUUUGUUGUUCCAAGUUACUGGCGUUGGAACCCUCAUACGCCUUCUGUUCAUGAUAAGAAUUUGAAAAAGGUUAUACUGUCCUCACUUGCUGAAAAUGUAGCCAUGUUCUCUGGACGCAAUCAACUUUAUGAAGUAGCCCAAACUGGACAACAUGUUCAACUUCAUCCAUCUUCAUCCUUGCUUGUAUUUGCUCAGCGGCCUAGUUGGGUAGUUUUUGGUGAGCUUCUCUCAGUGUCUAAUGAAUAUUUGGUCUGUGUGAGUGCUGUUGACUUUCAAUUAUUAUACAGCCUUCAACCUCCUCCCUUGUUUGAUGUAUCCAAGAUGGAAGAGAGGAAGUUACAAACGAAGACAUUGACUGGUUUUGGAACUAUUCUUCUCAAGAGAUUUUGUGGGAAAGGCAACGGUAAUAUGUUUGGUCUUGCUUCACGUAUUAGGAAAGCUUGUAUGGAUGAAAGAAUCUUUGUUGAAGUAAAUAUUGACGAGAAUCUCAUCCAGUUAUAUGCCACUUCACAUGAUAUGAAUACAGCUAGUAUGAUGGUGAAUGAUGUUUUAGAAUAUGAGAAAAAGAGGUUACGCACUGAAUGUAUGGAAAAAUGUUUGUAUCAUGGGUCAGGUUCCUCAUCACCUAUAGCAUUGUUUGGGUCUGGUGCUGAGAUAAAGCAUUUGGAACUUGAGAAGCAUUCAUUGAGUGUUGAUGUGUGUCACCCAAACAUAAAUGAAAUUAAUGAUAAGGAGCUCCUGAUGUUUUUGGAGAAGAAUACCUCAGGUUGUAUAUGUGCAGUGUACAAGUUCCCUGGCAUGGUGAAGGAUGUUGAGGAUAGAGAAAAGUGGGGCAAGAUAACAUUUUCGUCCCCUGAUGCUGCCAAAAGAGCUGCAGAGCUGGAUGGAGAGGAGUUUUGCGGCUCCUCCUUGAAAAUACUUCCUUCACAUUCAGUUAUUGGAGGGGAUAAAACAUUUUCAUUUCCUGAAGUGAAAGCAAAAAUUUAUUGGCCUCGUAGAUUUAGCAAAGGAUUUGGUAUAGUUAAAUGUGAUAAAAAUGAUGUUGAUUUCAUCUUGAGAGAUUUUUAUAACCUUGCAAUCGGAGGGAGGUAUGUCCGCAGUGCACUCAGUAAUAAGUCCAUGGACAGUAUUGUGAUAAGUGGGCUUGACAAAGAACUUCUAGAAACUGAAAUUUUGGAUGUACUAAGAACUGCUACAAGUAGAAGGAUUCUAGACUUUUUCUUGGUGAGGGGAGAUGCUGUUGGAAAUCCGUCAUGCAGUGCUUGCGAAGAGUCGCUCUUUAAAGAAAUUUCCCCCUUAAUUCCCAAAAUAAACCCUCACAUUAGUUCUUGCCGUGUUCAGGUAUUUCCACCUGAGCCGAAAGAUUCUUUCAUGAGAGCUUUAAUUAAUUUUGAUGGAAGAUUACAUUUAGAGGCAGCAAAAGCUCUGGAGAAAAUUGAAGGAAAGGUGUUACCUGGAUGUCUUUCUUGGCAGAAGAUAAAGUGCGAGCAGUUGUUUCAUAGUUCCUUGAUAUUUCCUGCUCCAGUAUAUCAUGUUAUUGCAGAACAACUGGAAAAAAUACUCACAAGCUUCAACAAUUUAAAAGGUCUUGAGUGGAACCUAAACAGAACUGCCAACGGUUCCCACCGAUUGAAGAUAACAGCCAAUGCCACAAAGACUGUGGCAGAAGUUAGGAGGCCUCUGGAAGAACUGUCGAGAGGGAAAGUCAUUGACCAUGACAGCAUCACUCCUGCAGCUCUACAGCUCAUGUUGUCCAGAGAUGGCUUUAAUCUUAAAAGCUCUAUACAGCAAGAGACAAGAACUUACAUUAUUUUUGACAGGCAAAAUCUGAACUUACGGAUUUUUGGUUCACCCAACAGGAUUGCUUUGGCUCAGCAGAAGUUAAUUCAAUCUCUACUCUCCCUCCAUGAAAAAAAGCAGUUAGUAAUCUCUCUGAGAGGGAAGGACCUACCUUCUGACUUAAUGAAGCAAGUGGUUAAGAAUUUUGGGCCAGAUCUUCACGGGCUAAAAGAGAAGGUACCUGGGGCUGAUCUCGAACUUAACACCCGCCAACAAAUAAUCUUUCUUCAUGGCAACAAGGAGUUGAAACCAAGAGUGGAGGAAAUAACUCUGGAAAUUGCGCGUUCAAGCCAUCAUUUAGUUGAGAGACUUGACACUGGACCUAGUUGCCCAAUUUGCCUGUGUGAGGUUGAGGAUGGAUAUAAACUUGAAGGCUGUGGUCAUUUGUUCUGCCGGCUGUGUCUGGUGGAGCAAUGUGAAUCUGCUAUUAAGAACCAAGGCAGUUUCCCAAUAUGCUGUGCUCACCAAGGCUGUGGAGAUCCUAUUUUGCUUACAGAUUUUAGAACUCUCCUGUCAAAUGAUAAGUUGGACGAACUUUUCAGGGCUUCUUUGGGAGCUUUUGUAGCUUCGAGUUCGGGAACUUAUAGGUUUUGCCCGUCUCCUGACUGCCCUUCAGUUUAUCGAGUUGCAGAUUCCGACACAGCUAGUGAGCCAUUUGUUUGUGGGGCAUGUUAUUCAGAGACAUGUACCAAGUGCCACUUAGAGUAUCAUCCAUACCUUUCAUGCGAGAGAUACCGAGAACUCAAGGAUGACCCAGACUCAUCUCUGAAGGAGUGGUGUAAAGGGAAAGAACAAGUCAAGAGCUGUUUUGCUUGUGGGCAAAUAAUUGAGAAGAUAGAUGGGUGCAAUCACGUUGAGUGCAAGUGCGGAAAACAUGUCUGCUGGGUUUGCUUGGAGAUCUUUACAAGUAGUGAUGAAUGUUAUGAUCAUUUGAGAACUAUACACAUGACCAUAUAAAUCGCUAUUCGUGUGGUCAUUUAAAGUUUAGUAUAGCGGUAAAUAAUAUUAUGUACAUAGAUGGAUGAAAAUGUAAAUUUAAUAUAUAUAUAUAUAUAUAUAUAUAUAUAUAUAUAUAUAUAUAUAUAUAUAUAUAUAUAUAUGUGUGUGUGUGUGUGUGUGCGCGAACUAAUGUAUAUAUAGCAGCAGUUGGUACUACUUUGUACCCAUUCUGUAAACGAGACUUAAUUAAUAUAAGUUGCAUUGAUCGA